AUGUCUGACUUGAGUGUUGAGUUGACUGCCCCUAAUGGCGUCAAAUACACCCAGCCCAUCGGCUUAUUCAUCAACAAUGAAUGGGUCAAGUCCACCCACGGCGAGAAGAUCACCAGCAUAAACCCUACUGAUGAAACCGAGAUCACGUCGGUGUAUGCCGCUGAUCCUGAGGAUGUUGAACUUGCGGUUAAGGCAGCACGCAAGGCAUUCAAAAACCCUGCAUGGCGGGACUUGCCGAGCGUUGAGCGCGCUGAGCUCCUGUUCAAGCUUGUUGCCCUGGUUGAAAAGCACAGGGAAGUGCUGGCCACCAUCGAGACCUGGGACAAUGGCAAGCCGUACACCGUUGCUCGCGAUGAGGAUCUGGGUGAGGUUGCUGGCACCCUGAAGUACUACGCAGGCUAUGCAGACAAGGUCCACGGCCAAGUCAUCGAAACCACGCCGGAUAAGCUCGCCUACACCAUUCGUGAGCCUAUUGGUGUCUGCGGUCAAAUCAUCCCAUGGAACUACCCCUUGGCAAUGGCGGCGUGGAAGCUUGGUCCGGCGUUGGCUUGCGGCAACACCGUAGUUCUCAAGGCAGCAGAGCAGACGCCACUCUCGAUCCUGUACUUUGCCAACUUGAUCAAAGAGGCUGGCUUCCCUCCUGGUGUUGUCAACAUCAUCAACGGAUACGGUCGUAAGGCUGGUGCCACUCUCGCUUCGCACCCCGACGUUGAUAAGAUUGCUUUCACCGGAAGUACCGCGACUGGCCGUGAGAUUAUGAAGAUGGCGGCCGCCAACCUGAAGAACAUCACCCUCGAGACUGGCGGCAAGUCUCCUCUUCUCGUCUUCAACGAUGCCGACCUGGAUCAGGCUGUCAAGUGGGCACACAUUGGUAUCAUGUCCAACCAAGGCCAGAUCUGCACGGCUACCUCCCGUAUUCUCGUCCAGGACGGCAUCUACGACAAGUUCGUUGCAGCUUUCAAGGACCACGUCAAGGCAACAAGCACCGUUGGCGAUCCCUUCAAGGACUCGACGUUCCAGGGCCCGCAAGUCACCAAGGCGCAGUACGACCGCGUGCUCUCGUACAUCGAGCAUGGAAAGUCGGAGGGCGCCACCCUCGUAACAGGCGGUGAGCCGUUUAAGGACGUCAACGGCAAGGGCUUCUUCAUCGCGCCCACCGUCUUCUCGGACGUCAAGCCUGAGAUGAAGAUUUUCCGCGAAGAGGUCUUUGGGCCGUUUGUCGUCAUCAGCUCGUUCAAGGAGGAGGAGGAUGCAAUCGAGCGGGCCAACGACACGACGUACGGCCUUGGCAGUGCCGUUUUCACGACCGACAUUGUCAAGGCGCACCGCGUGGCGCGCAAGAUCGAGGCGGGCAUGGUCUGGAUCAACAGCAGCAACGAUAGCCACUACGCCAUUCCGUUUGGCGGUGUGAAGCAGAGCGGGAUUGGGCGCGAGCUGGGCGAGGCUGGGCUGGAUGCCUAUACGAACAAGAAGGCCGUCCACGUCAAUUUGGGUCCGCGGAUAUAA